UAAAACAUGACCUACUUUUUGUCAACGCGAGAACGAGGCUGUUUGGGUCGCGAGAUGGUUCGGGGGAAAGCCCAGCAAGAAGCAAAUGUUGUUGGAAAGCUAAAUUUGUUCUGACGAAUGCUAAAAAUGUCGAACGUGAACGGGUGGUUUAAAGAAGAUCUCUGAAAUUAAGGAGAAGAAGACAGAAGACGGCGACAACUGGAACGUUUGACUAGGUUGUUCACCAACAGGAUGCAAACUGAACAGAUUUAAAGAUGCCAUAGUACCAUACAUGUGGGAGACUUGGCAUUCUGAUCUGCACUGUAAAUUUUCUCUACAAGGCGAUAGUUCCAAUCCCCUAUACAAGCCAGCAGCCUCUGUGCGGGAAUCACAACAAAAAUAAAACAGGUAUGAAGUAAGAGUCGACAUCAAGUGAAAGCAGUCUGCACAUCAUGUCGGAUUCUGCAGGGCGCAGACAUCGCAAUGCAUCUCCUCCACCCCCGCCACAAGCCACAGGGCGAAAGUCAAAAAGGAGAAAGAAAGGGAAAAAUUCAUUCAGCUCUACCAUGGAAUUUGACCUUGCUGAUGUUCCCUUGCCACCCAUGCCUGGCGAUGUUAGAGCAACCACAGCUCCCCAACCUCCUGAAGGUACCAAUAAACCGUCUUCACCCAGCCGUGUUCCGCCAGUCGUACAUGUUGUCCGAAAUGCAGAUGAGAAGAUCAAAGUAGAUUUGUUUUCUGAUGAUGCAGAAGAUGAAGGAUCCCCAGAAAAGCCAAAUAAAGCAAUAGUAUCUUCGUCUUCAGAUGCGGCUUUGGUUUUAUCUGCGAAGCAGAGUGUUCCAAAGAUUUCCCUGGUGCCUCCAAGAACUAGGCUUGGGAAAUUUCAAAUGGGACAGGAUUCAGGAAAAGGAAAAAUCUGCUUUCAGAUAAAGACAACUAAAAGACUAAAUGUGUUUUCAGCUGAGUCUGAUGAUGAUAGUGAAAGUGAAAGUGCUGCGCCUGCUACGAAGAAACUGGAUUUUCCAUCUUCUGAUCAAGAAAGCCUUCAGAAGGCAAAAGCUGUUGUGCAGACUUUACUUGAAGGGAAGAAAGUUAUUGGUAGUGAAGGUGGAACUCCAGAGAUGGCUUUAACUUCAAGUGAAACAGCUUUGGUGCCAAAACCUUCUGAAGUCACUGGAAGUCAAAGUGUGCCAACCGUGACCAGACGCACAAGACGUUCUAGGUGGGGAGAUCAGGAGACGGGGCUAUCUGCAGCGGAAAGUCAUAGCCAUUCAGAAUUGCAAGUGGUCCAAGACUCUAGUCAGACAUCAGUGAAUCCUUCCCCUUGCGUAAGCGAGGCACAGAACAGUGCUGUGUCCAGCAGGAGCUCCAGGCAAACAAAGGAACUCUCCUCACCAGAGUCUCUCUAUGCCAAGUCAGAGAAAAGUGAAAAAGAAACGAUUGCGUCACCAAAUCAUAGAGAGGGAUCUGAAAGCAGUGAUGUGAUGCAUUCUGGUGAACAAAGACGCAAACUGCGAUCGAGUACUGAAGGAUAUAGUAGGGCAGAGACUCGUUCAUCCAGGUCUCGAGAGUCUCACGAUCGAAAGGCUCGUGAGUCUCCAAAGCGUAGAUCUAAGAGAUACGAUAGAAGCGAAUCUGAGAAAAGGCAUGGGAGAGAUUCAUCUGGUGAUUCGGAUCGUGAUGACAGAAAGGAGGAUAGAAAGUUCUCAAGCAGGAGGUCGGACAGACACAGGGAUGAGAUGCACAAGUCCCCAGAGUUCAGAUCGAGGCGUCGAUCACCGUAUGAAUCUGAUCGCAGAAGAUCACGAUCCAGAUCAUUUGAACGCAAGGCACGUAGAGAUUCUGAAUCACCAGUGAAAAGAUCAAGGAGAGAGAGGUCCCAGGAGUCUCCAGAAGUUGAGGAACCUAGGACUAGAAGACGGUGUUCUCAGAGACUUUCAAAUGAGUCUCAUCGAAGAGAAUCGGUGGAGUCAAAAUCUAGACACGAUUCAUCUAGUGAAACGGAAUCCAGGCAGUCUAGGCGUAGGCUCAGAAGAGAUUCUUUUGAAAAGGAUGGAACAAGGCCCAUGAAUCGAACUUCAAGGAGGUCUAUCGAAAGGGCAGAAGCCUCUAAAAUUCGUGAGCAAAGGAUGAAACGAAACCCUUCAAGUGAUUCUCAGGAAUCUGACUCAAAGGAAUCACCAAGACAGUCCAGGCAGAUGAGACAUCGAGACAGGGAGUUAAGGCUGAGAACAAGAGAUUCCUCCAAUGAAGGUAAAGUAUGCUUACCUAAGAGGCCAUCAAGACAGUCUGAUAAGGUCGAUUUGGACUCUAAAGAUCGUUCCAAUUCUCCUGAGUACAAUUCAUUAGAACCCAGGAUAUCAAGAAGGGAAAUGGAAGAAAAGCACUCUUCAAGACAUACUGAAAUUGAGACUGUAACAAGAGAUUCGCACAAGAUUCGCACAAGAUCUAAAGAACCACAUGAUAAUGAUAACUCAAGCAAAAGUGAAGAUCAUGAGGUACCAUCAGAUUCUGCUUUAGGACUGCUUAAAAUGUAUUCUUCUAGUGACUCUCACAGUCUGCAGAAUAAGAAAUCAUCGGGAAAUUCCAAGCUCUUGAUCGACUAUGCUGGGCGUAGGAAAUCAGAGAAAAGAUACAACAGCGAUUCUUCGCAGGAUUCUACUGAUGAGCAUGAAGGAAUAGAGUCUUUGAGAAGGCGACUUCGAUCUCACAGUGGAGGAAAGAUUUCUGACAAAAAUGUCGCAGGUGGUGAUGCAGAUAGGGACGGGCCUUUGAAAUGGGACAACCAAGUUUCACAGGCAUCUGAAGAAUCAGGAAGGGUUGGCGCCAAACCAUGGCAGCAUUCAACAUCUAGAGAGACAUAUGGUCACCAUUUAUCACAUGAUCUAGAGAUACGAAUAUCACGACUUGAAGACACUGAAUAUUAUGAUCAGAAUGGGAGUCAUACCUCUGAGAAAACAACUGUUCGAAAGAGCUCCAUUGAUUUUGAGGCAUAUGACAAAGGAGAUAAGAAACAAGCAGAGGGCUUCGAAACAAGGAAAGAUUUGCGUUCAGGCAGAAGGAGACGAUCUAGUUCAGCAGAUCAUCUUACAGAAGAAAGAAGACAGUGUAAAAGGAGUCCUGAGGAAGAAUUUCAUAGAGACUAUCCAAAAAGGACAGUAAGAGGAGCUGAAGAUAAAAGUAUUGACAGAGAGCGAUCAGAAAGUGGAAGAGAACAAUCUAAAAAACAAGGAGAAUGUUUGGAUGAUGCGAUCAGAUCAAGGCAAUACAACUCAGAUUUUGCUGAUUCGGAUUUCACUAAAACUAAAGACAAAGACAAUGCAUUGUUAGAUUCAAGGAAGUCUCUGUGGGAUGAAAGUUUUGUGGACCAGCUUCAAAUAGAUGCUGUCGUGGAGAGAGAGAAGAAACUUUCUGAAAAGGAAACAAAGUAUAAUCGGUUUGACUUAAAGACAGAUUCUCGUUCAGCUGAAGAUAGUGACGCUGUGACAUCUAACAUGAGUUUGCACGAAGAGCCUGUUCAAUGUAGUUCUACAUCAGGGAAUGACUCUCCCAAAUCACAGACUGCUACCAUUGAUGACAAAAGGGCAAAACAUGGGAAAAGGAGAUCUAGAUGGUCUAGUCCAGAUUCAACUGUAGAAAAGACCCAAAAAGUAGAUAUUGGCAGUGAUAAAUCUAGAGAAACUAUAUAUGAGGAUCAGCAUGUACUCCAUCACUUAUCUGAUGCUCAACAUGAAAUGCUUUCAGUCCCAAGUGGAGCCAGGAACACCAUACUGUCAUCAUCAGCCACUCAACCAUUGUCAGAAACAGUUUCUGGUUCAGUACACCCUCCAGAUAAAGACGUAAAUCCAGUUUCUGUUAACAUUGCAGGGUUCAUUCUUCCACAGGGAAAUGAUUCUGACCCAGUUGUUACUCCAGUAGGACUUCCUGGUGGAGAGAAAUCUGGGAACAUUUUUGCUCCAGGUCCAGUUAAACCUCCAGGGCCUGUUCUUCUUCCUGAGAAAGUUCCAGGCCCUGUUCCUCCCCCAGCAUUUGUACCUAAACCAGUGGAUGCUUUCCCUCUACCUGUCCCACCCCCAUCCAUACCUUCUCCUCUAGUCACACCUCUGUUCAGUGCUCUCAAACCUCAGACUGGUACAGCAGCUCUAGCAGACCUUCCCAACAAGCUACCUAACCCUUUUCCUUCAGGACAAAUGCCUAUGUUUGCAACAGAAAAGUAUGACUUGCCUCAGGCACCAGAUUGUAAAUCGAAGUCCCCAGUUGAUUCUGCGGUGACACCAACUGUAAGUAUUGACACACAAAAAAAACCUGAUGUGGCCUCUGUUUUCCAGUUGUCUUUAUUUUCUACAACUUUAUCUGAGCAGGGUCCCAAGCCUGUUCCACCACCACCUAUCAUAGAUUCAAAGAUGGCAGCACCUUUUCUGGCAACAGAAUUGCCAGCUGUGAUUCCAGAUCCACUACAGCUUGCAGCAGCACAAUCAAAAAUUGCAGAAAAGAAAGUACCAGGUCCCAUUCCUGAAAGUAUUCGUUUGUCAACAGUGUCCUGUGUGGAAGAAGGGGCUAAACUUGCAGAGGAUAAUAUGGUGCAAUGCCCUGAUAAGGCAAGCCCUAUAGGGUCCAGACUAAUGUGUUCUCCAGAUGUGCAUAAAUCAACACUAAUUCCAACUUCUUGCAAAAUGUCAGAAUUGGCAGCAACACCUGAGAAAAGUGAUGAAGAGACUUCAAGUAGAACAGAGCCUUCGAAGCUCUUGUCUGAGGUCAACCUCCCUAAACCUGAAGUGGAUGGCGAAAGAAUGAAAGCUAAGGCUGACUCGAAUGUGGCUACAGGUGCUCAAAGUACUCUGGACAGAAUAAAGCCUCCUUCAGAGCUACCUCUGGAUCUUGAUUCCAUUCCUUUACCCCCUGUUCUGCCUUCCAAAGUACCUAAUGUGAAUUCACCAUUGGCUACACUACCAGCAGGAGUACAAUCUCCAACAACAACAGUUCCAAGAUUAGCUCAGUCCAACCAAGCUACACAUACACCUACACCCAGUCUGGGACCCACCUCUACAAAUACGCCAUCAGGUAAGGUGUCUUUCACAUUCAUGCGCUCAUCGCCUAAGCCAAGUAUUCCGGUGCUGCUUCAAGCAGGCAAACACAAAUCUGGUUCCCCAACUACAAUUAAGCCUCCUGUGCAGAAAAUAACUGUAUCCAGUGGCUUUGAAGGGAGACCUGAAAUGGAACACAACAACAGUGCUCUUGGGGAGAAAUCUCUUGCUCUGCAACCAUCGUUGAAGAUACCUGCAGAUUCCCUAGGAUCAGAGGUACAGAAAGAGCCCCAAACAGUGAAAGCUAAUGAUGCACCAGAAAGGGCUGAAGCCAUUCCUAAGCCAAUGUCUGGUGAACAGCAGUUUGGAAAAUUUUCCCCAGUUGUCCAGUCUUCUCAAACUGAAAGAGUUGGAUCUAUCUCUGAAGUAGGACUUUCAUCACCAGACAGUAUCCCUAUUCCACUUGCUCCCAGUCAACCCACCUCAGGACAAAAAGCAGAGCUUUCCAGUUUGAAUCUUGCUCAACUUGCAGGAGUUAACUUACCCAGUGAUCCACCCGUGGCAGUCCACAAGCCGUCAUUAGAUGUCAUUCCGUCUAAAUCACAGAUGUUGGUGAGCACAAGAGAAGCUCCUGGUUUCUCAUCGGUACCUAAUUCACAGGUUGCCUCACAUCCAUCAGGGAAUGUUGACAGUUUUGUUGGGAACACACAACUACCAACUGUAGGUCAAGCCCCAGUUACAGUUCAUCCACCAGUGAAAGAGUUCAGUUCAGCAGACACAGCGCCUUUGCCUCUGCAUCAAUCACCAAAACCUACGGUGGAUCCUGUGGCCUUGUUGAAACCACAACAGGUCUGGUCAGCCUCUAAGCCUGCCUCACACAUUCCACCUGUGCCACCCUCAGGAAUUAAUCCACCACCAUUGGCACCCAGGGGAAUUCCUCCAAUACCAGUGGCAGCCUUAGGAAUUCCUCCACAACCUGUAGCACCAUCAGGAAUUCCCCUACCAUCUGCAGCACCAUUAGGAAUUCCUCCACAGCCUGUGGCACUUUCAGGAAUUCCUCCACCACCAGUGGCACCAUCGGGAAUUCCUCCACCGCCAGGAGCAUCAUUGGGAAUUGCAUUAGCAUCUGUUGCACCCUCAGAGAUUCCUCCUCCCCCAGUGGCACCGUCAAGAAUUCCAACGUCCACUGUGGCACCCAUGGGAAUUCAUUUACAGCAUUUGGCUCCAUCUGGAAUUCCCCUCCCACCUGUGGCACCUUCAGGGCUGAACCUUCCAAAUGAGAAACCUGUUCCAGUUUCACAUCCACCUACAGUUCCUUCUGCAGCAGCGACUUCACCAUUUGGCACUGUUGUAUCAGAGAUCCCUGGUCCACCACAUCUCUCUGUCAUUCCACAAACUACUCCUGUAACUCAAGAUUCUCCAGUAGCGUACACAAGUGCCAGUACUGUAGCGCAAGUUGCUGCCAUACAACAGUUCACCGGUCAAACAGAACACACCCCAGUACCUAAAGUUAGUGCUGUACCAACAGUCAAGGCUGUACCACAAGGAUAUGCCAAAACUUCUUUCUGUUCCAUACCACCGGGUGUUGUUCUACCAGAAGCCACUGCCAGGUCACAAUUCACUACUGCAUCACAAAUCACCGGUACUCUACCUCCAGUGGUAUCUAGCACCGUUACAGAUGCUCAUGUUUCACUUGGUGCACCACCAGAAGCAGCCUCAACGCAUUUGUCUCAGGCUCCAGUAGAACUACCUCCAGAGGAUACCAGUCAGAUACCGUCUGAUGCCCCAGGUAGUCUCAGCCUACCAAAACCACCUCAGCCACUGGGGGGAAUCAGAAGAUUUGUACCCAGUUCAGAUACCUCUGCUCCAAAAGAGAAAGGAAUAUUUCCUCCAAAGAAACGAGGUUUUUUUGGUUUGCCUGAUAAAAUCGUGUUCAGUGGCUUAUCUGAUAAAAGCUUAGAUGCUGCUGGACAGAAGGGGACUGGUGCUCCUGAGAUCAAGCCUUCUAUUGCCGAUUCCACCACUGCCACAGGAAGUCCUUUUGGAAUUUUUUCUUCUCAAGUUAAGGAUGCUGGAAAAGAGAGAGUUACCGAUACUGCUGCUAGGAGAACUGCUGCAGAAUCAACCAUGUCUGGGUGGAAACCAUUUGGGUCAGCUGACCGGGCUGAAGUUGACAGCUCAUCAGCAGAUUCCUCAUUACGCAGCGCAGAAAGUUCUCAAGGAAAAGGGAGGAAAGACAGAGUCCAAGGUGCGAAUGAGCCUAGUGACAGUGAUAGUCGAAGUGACAGUGAACCAAGCGGACGCAGGCGUAGUGGGCGAAUCCGAUCUAUAGAGGAGAGAAAAGAAAAGGAAAAAUCUGAGCAGGAUGAUACAGACGGAGGUAAAAGCAAAAAAGAAAAAGAACGAGCAGAGCGAGCGAGGAGGAGAGAAAAGGAGGAAAGGGAUCGAAGGGGAAGGAGACGGUAUGACGAGGACUCUCGUAGUGAUGACGAUCGACGUUCCCGCGAUUACAGUGAUCGUCGUCGUUCAGGUCGCGAUUACCGUUAUGACUACGACGACGAUCGCUCAUCUGACAGGAGUAGAAAUCGUGAUCGUGAUCGUGAACGUGACCGAACAAGGGACUCUAGAUACAGGGAUAGGAGAUCCGACCCCUAUCACAAAGAUGAUCCUCCGUCAUCGAGGAAAGCAGAUGUGAAUGAGAAGGAGGAGGAAGAUAAGGAUGCUGAUAUCGUCUCCUUUGCAACGCCAUCUACUUCUGAUGGAUCUCCUCGACUACCUACAAGACCACAGAUCGCAGACAUCAAGAAAGAAGAGACCAACUACCAGAGUCCCGGCAAGCUGAAAUCUCGCUGGAGAAGAACGAGCGAAGCAGAAGGUCUUGCUCCGAUUUGCUUGACUCCUCCCCCACUUGCCCCGCAGAAUGUCGAGGUUCGAGCGACUGUUGCUGUAGGCAUGGAUUUUGUAUGCCCUCCACCUCCAGCUGACCAAACUACAACUUUGUUCCCUGUUUCUACCCCAGAUGUGUGUGACGCUGAGCCAAGUUCAACUCAAAGUGGCAACAAUUCUGAGCCUAUGGCAACAGAGGUCAAACACGAGCUCAAACCUGAACCUCUCUGGUCACAUGACCAGGAAGUAGCUACGUCGUCUGCUGCAGAGCCCUUCAAAGAGGAAGAAAUGAAAGAAAACGAAGCUUCUGAGGAAGAAAUACCAAAGGAACCGGAGAAGCUUCCAGAAGAUCCUCCAUAUUUUGAGCGAAUCGUUGAUAACAUCUACAUAGGCGAAAAGAAACGUUCCAAACAGAUGCGAGAGGUUAAGCGUAUGUUGUGUGAUUGCAUAACAUCUGCAGAAGACAGGGAGGCUGGCAUGGCAGCCUGUGGGGAAGACUGUCUAAAUAGAAUGCUCAUGAUUGAAUGUGGAAGCCGCUGCCCAUGUGGGGAUUACUGUACUAACAAGAGAUUUCAGAGGCAUCAGUAUUUGCGGACAAAACCUUUGAAGACGGACUCGAAAGGUUGGGGUUUGUUCGCUGCGGAGGAUUUGGAACCAGGGCAGUUUGUGAUGGAGUAUAUCGGUGAAGUUCUGGACUACAAGGAGUUUAAAAGUCGCACAAAGCAGUACGCCAAAACCAUGCAGGAGCACUGCUACUUCAUGGCUCUUAACGCUGAUGAGGUUAUAGACGCCACUAUCAAGGGAAAUAUAUCACGCUUCAUUAAUCAUAGCUGUGGGCCCAACUGCGAAACUCAAAAGUGGACUGUGAAUGGGGAGCUGAGAGUAGGAUUUUUUACUAAAGAGUUCAUCAGAGAAGGGGAAGAACUCACAUUUGACUAUCACUUUGAGAGAUAUGGAAAAGAAGCCCAGAAGUGCUAUUGUGGAGCAGACAGUUGCCGUGGUUUUCUGGGAGGUACCAAAUCAACGCCACUGAAGUCCAAAAAGAAACUGGCAGCGGAGAAAAAGAAGAGAGAGCUGUUUGAUGAUCAGAUGCUCGAUGAGGAGAUUGAAGAAAUGACCAGCUUGGAUGGGAUGAAAAACAAAGAACAUGUCCUCAAACUGUGCCGACUGAUGGUCAGAGCAGAGAGCGAUGACCAUAGAUCAGCUGUUCUUAAUAUAAUACAGGGUACUUCAGAGCCAGGUUGUCUGCGUCUUUUUCUUGACUAUCAUGGAUUACCGUUACUGUGGAGCUGGAUGGCAGACAUCGGAAUAGGCGGGUCCCGAGAUCUCAAACUCCAGAUUUUAAACACACUGUCAUUGUUGCCAAUCUCUAACAAGACUAUCCUGAAAGAGAGUAAAAUAUUGGCAGUUGUGGAACGAUGGGCGAAUGAGAUGGAACAGGGUGACAAAGAUGCUGAACCGGAGGGGACCAAUGAAACGGUUUCAAGGUCGGGCACUCUGAUGUUGCCAAACGGGGAAGAGAGAGCAACGAGAAAACGGGUCAAGUUUGCAGACGAAACGAGUUCUGAUAGUGAAUUGUCUGAAAGCAGUCGAGUGAGCUCGAGUCAAGGUGGUUCAGAAAAUUCAACGAAAACGGGCGGAAUUUUGAAAUAUCCUUGCUCAACGUGGUCGUCGAAUCGAACGCCCGAAAACAAGCUGGAUCUUGCUGUAGAAGAAACAAGUAAACUUUACAUGGAUUUUGAUAGUGGGCAAUCAGAAAUUCAACAGAAGGCUGAUUCCUCCUCGAAACAGGAGUCAGAAAAUGAAGGUGUUAGUCAAAGUGAUGUUCUAACUUCUGGAAAUCUUGAUACAGGGCCUCAAACCAUGGCUAAAUCUGAACAAAGUGUUCAAGAUUCUGUUGCAUCUAAAUGUGAAGAGGUUGCUCAAGCUCAGGAUAAAUCUGAACAAGAUCCUCAAACCUCUGAUAAAUCUGAACACAGUGUUGUCAAAGAUUCUGAUAAAUCUGAACACAGUGUUGUCAAAGAUUCUGAUAAAUCUGAACACAGUGUUGUCAAAGAUUCUGAUAAAUCUGAACACAGUGUUGUCAAAGAUUCUGAUAAAUCUGAACACAGUGUUGUUAAAGAUUCUGAUAAAUCUGAACACAGUGUUGUCAAAGAUUCUGAUAAAUCUGAACACAGUGUUGUCAAAGAUUCUGAUAAAUCUGAACAGGAAGAUGAUGAAAAACAUCCUAAAUCUGAUGAUGUGGUUUCACCUGUUUGUGAAAAGAAAGAAGACAUGCAGACUUCAGAUGAAGUUAAAAGUGAAGAAACGCAGGCUGCUGGGACUUCGAGUGAAACAGAAGGUGGUGAUUAUAAGCCAGAAUCUGUUUCAACUGAAGCUUCAGGUGAAAUAUCUACAGAUACUUCCAGUGACUCUAAAAAGAGUGAUCUUGUGGCUGAAAGUGAAAGUAAAGAAAGUAAAGAAUCUGACAGUUGUUGUGGAGAUGUUAGGAUUUCUGGUGAAAUGAAGGAAAUUACAAAACCUGACAGUAUCACUGACGAUAUUGUUCACCCAUCAAGUGAUGUGAGGGAUAAAGUGGAAGGUAUAGUCCCAGCAGAGGGCUCCACAGACAAAGGAUUGACUGAACUGAAGAAGCUUGACAUUGAUAACCAAUCGGCAGCUAAAGAUCCUAAUGAAUCAGACCCUGGUAAAAGCAACCAAUCAGAAAUCUCGUUGAAAACAGAGGCAGUGGAGAGUGCUAAAGUUGACCAAUCAGAAGUUGAAAAUAUGGACCAAUCAGUGGCUGUUGAAACUGACCAAUCAGAAAAUGUGAAAACUGACCAAUUGGAUUGCAGCCAGUCAGAAGUGAGCAAACCACAGGAUAUUGAUACAGAGAAAUCUGUAGUUUCUGACAACAAGGACAGUUCAGAGGAAACAAAAGCGGAUAAAUCCUCAGAAAGUGAAACAGUGAAAGCAGAUUCGUCUAAACAAGAUAAUUCAGAGGCAGCAAAGACUUUCAGCAAAACUGAUUCUUCAGAAAUUGUGUCGUUAGCUUCAUCAUUGUUGAAGAAAUGGAGUGACCUUAAGGAACUUUUCAAGAUUCCCAAGAAGGAGAGAGUUGAGGAGAGGAAGAGAACUGAACGAGAACUUGAUCGAGAUCGAGACUGGGAUCGUGACCGAGAUCGGUAUGACAGAAAAAGGCGUCAUGAUUCACCAGACAGAGGCUAUUAUAAAUCCUCCCGUCACCGUAGCCGUGGAGACCGUGACCGUGAGCGUGAGCGGGACCGAAGGCGUGAUUCUGAUAGCUCUAGGAGGACACUUCUACCCACUCCACCUAAAAUGUCAAAGGAAAAACGUCGGCAAUUGUUCGAAGCCCAAGUCAAAGCCAAGGAUGAAAAAAUGGCUGAAUUACAACGUCAACAAGAGGCUUAUCUACAACAGCAGCAGCUUGGUGUGGAUUCGAAUUAUUCCACUGAGCAGUGCUACCAAGAUCCGAACUACGUAGCAGCAAUUCAGGAUCCAAACUUCUUAGCAGCUUUGCAGCAGGAUUCAAAUUUUGCAGACGCAGUUCGGAAAGAUCCGAACUUUAUGGCUGCCCUUGCAGCAGAUCCGAACUAUGCAGCUGCCUUGCAGGCGUUACAUAGUGCUCCCAUAGCCAACCCCAAUUACACAGUGGCAAUGCCGCAUGAUCCAAACUAUCCAGCAGAAGAUCCCGGAUACACCCUAGUACAGCAUGACCCAAACUACGGAACUCCAGUUCAAGUGAAUCCAAACUAUCAGGUCACCCCAAUACAACCUGAUCCGAACUAUGCUCCUGGGUUGCAAGCAGAUCCGAACUACACUGCUGGAUUGCAAGCAGAUCCGAACUACGCUGCUGGAUUGCAAGCAGAUCCGAACUAUGCUGGUGGACUGCAAGCAGAUCCGAACUAUCCUGUUGCUGUACAUGAUCCAAACUAUCCUGUACAUGCUCAGCAUGAGGUGAACUACGUUUCCAGCACAGUUCCCACCACGCUACCCUCUGCAAUGACUCCCAGUCAUGUGGCACAAGUUCCAGGUGUUGAGAGCACAGUUGACAUGGGUGUGGUGGGGGGUCACCCGGUUGCCGCGGAGAUGACACAUGUCACUCACCCUCAAGCCCAUGUAAUCCCCGUGGAGACGACCCCUGUUACCCAGAUGGGUGGGGUUACAGUCAGUCAGCCAGUGGUGGAUGGACGAACACAUGUGGUGUAUCAAACACCUACAGCACCAUACCAGGUGCAGACCACAUAUAUCGCCGCCCCUACAGCAGCUCCCAAGGCAACAACAACAGCAUAUAUUCCGUCACAGCCUCAGUACAUCUCAGGUCAACCGGUGCAGCAGGUAUAUUACACGCAAACGGCGCAGGGUGUGAUGAUGCAGCAUACCUAUCCCAGCACACCUGCCGCGGGCUCAGCGGGUCAGGUGGUACAGGUGCAGCAUUUGCCUCAGCAUGUGCAGAUCCACCAGCAGCUUGUCACCCCUGAGGUUGUAGAGGAUGUCCCCCCACCCCCCUCACCCCCACGCCCCAAGGCCGUUAAACUGCCACCCAACUGGAAGACAGCUAAGGACCCAGAGGGCAAGGUCUAUUACUAUCACUCUGUCACCAAGCAGACCCAGUGGGACCCGCCAAGCUGGGACGGAGGUGAACACGAUGACAUGGACCUGGGCACGCCCACCCAUGAUGAACCUACGGGCAAGUCCAAGAAGAAAACAACUAUGGCACUUGCAGACACGUCCAGUGAGAUUGCCAAGAGGAGCAAAGAAUCCUUCAGAAACAAGAUGUCUCAGUUUAUCGUCACCUACCUCAACCCUUUCCGUAAACCUGACUGCCGCCUAGGUCGCAUAACAUCGUCUGACGACUUCAAACACCUGGCAAGAAAGUUGACCCAUCACGUCCUUGCCAAGGAGUUAAAGCAUUGUCGUCAUGCUGAAGAUUUGGAGGUUAAUGAAAAUGUGAAAGCGAAGGCGAAAGAUUUUGUGAAGAAGUACAUGUCAAAGUUUGGACCAGUGUAUAAAAAAGCUCAUUCUCCUCAAAACUAUGAUGAUUUAUGACCUUGACCAUCCUAUUUUGAUUGGUGGUAACAAAUUAUCACGCAACUUUGAAAAUCAUCAUGCGACUUUGAAAGUCAUCCUUUCUGACGGUAUGGGCAGCUGUGAUGCUAUUAGACAGCUACUUCCCCCAGUAAAUUUAAGUGUCAAAUUUUGAAGUCUUAUUUUCAUCAACUUUGUCACAUACGUGUAAUCAGAUUAUUUGUAAUUCUUGUUGGGAGGUUUUUUUUUCUUCUGGUGUUAUGUAAAAACUCUAUGACAGAAAGCGGAUAUUUUGCAAAAUAAGUUCAAAUGUCUCUAAGAAUUUGUGCUAGGUGUAAUUUACGCAAAAGAAAAUGUAUUCAUUGUAGAAUGAUUUUUGUUGGUGUUUUUUGUAAAGACGACACAACCAGAGAAGAGGAUACUCUUGGAGUAAUUAUUUGCCCUACUUUUUGUACUUGUGUUAUUUCCCA